GUUAAAUUAAAAAAAAACCAAUAUAAUAUUGUUGCCUAAAACCCCGUCACUAACCUCUGAAAGAGAGAUACUGUUCGGAGAAGAAGAAGAAGGAUGAGCGAGACGAGGCCAGUGCCGAGGAGAGAAAGCCCAUGGGGGACGCCGGAGGGAGAGCACCGUCAGCCCAAAGCUCAUCGUUGCAAUGAUAGAGCUGAAGACGUCAUCCAAGCUUGUUUUGAAGGAAAUCCUUUUAAGACUGUUCCAGGACCUUUCAAGCUCUUCUGGCAGUGCAUGCGUUCUAAACCUGGGGAGGAACCAACUGAGCCUUAUACCUAUUUGGAGAUUGAUCCUCCCAAAAGGGAAGUGAAACUCGAGUGAAAACGCAUUUAGAAGUGUGUUUUUUUUUCUGUUUCUUUUUUAGAUAUGGGAUAGGGGAUUUGAACUUUCUUCAACCUCAACCAUUGGAAGGGGAGGUGAGAUGUGAUUACCAAUUAGACUUGCCAAUAAUCACAUUUUGAAGUUUAUUAAUUCAGAUUGCUGUUCUAAAUAAUAUGAACCUAGAUGUGCACAACUAAAAAGGGCAUUCUGUUGAUUUUGAGGGCGUGACUUUAAUUUUGUCUGGCGAUUGGGACU